AUGAUGGUCUUCAAGUUGAAGGUGUCAACAGGGAUAUUGGUGGCGACCUUGCCGACGGUGUUGUCGACCUCCCCGGGUCAAGAUCAGUGCAGUAUCAAGGGUACUCCUACUCCUAUUAUCACGGAGACGUCACAAAGCAUUACCGUUGCAGCGCUUAUCGACGGACCAAGUGCAACGUGA